AUGCUGGAGGAGUCGAUCCCCGCGCUGCUGAGCGCGGUCCACGGGUGGUUCACCCCCGCCGUGCUCUUCGUCGUCCUCAACAUCGUCAUCGGCACCAUCGCGGUCACCUCCAAGGCCGCCGCCGCCUCGGCGACCGGCGGCAACGAGGAGGGCGUCGCCGCCGCUGCGGGCGCUGGAUGGGAGCCGCAGCACCGGCGGCUGGCCCGCGUGCCGUCCAUGGCGUUCGAGCGGCUGCGGUCGUUCAACGGCCGCUUCGCCGCGGCGGCGCCCGAGCCCGCCGAGGCCGGGGUGGUGGAUCUCGAUCUGGGGUACAAGCAGCACCCCGCGGCGGCGGAGACGGAGAAGGAGGGUCCCGUCGUCGUGGUCGAGCCGGAGCGCGAGCCUGAGCCCGAGCACGCGGCGCACAUGGAGCGGAGCAGGUCGGAGACGGCGGCGGAGGCGGAGCUGCCGCGGCUCCCGGUGCGCCUGCACAAGUCGGCCAGCGACAAGUCGGCGUUCGCGCACUUCGGCGCCGAGGAGGUGGAGGAGACCGUGCGCGCGGUUGAGGCGCGGCGCCCGGCCACGACGAGGGAGACCAGCCGCGGCAGGCGGCGGUUCCCCGUGGUGGAGCCGGAGCCGGCGUCCGAGUCGUCGGAGUCCGAGUCCGAGUCCGAGUCCGAGUUCGAUUCGGAGGAGGAGGGCAUCAGCGGCGGCGAGGUGGACGCGCGCGCGGACGACUUCAUCAACCGGUUCCGCCACCAGCUGAAGCUGCAGCGCAUCGACUCCUUCAUCCGCCACAGGGAGACGGUCCGCCGCGGCUUGGCCCAGGCGGCGGCCCGGGGCGUCUAG